AUGCGCGUGCUGCGUCCGACUCGGCUGGCGCUGCAGCGCCUGCGCGCCCACAGCGCGCGUCAGCAGCGCGUGCAGCUGAUCGCCCGCGCCUUCAGCGACGCCGCGGACCCGGCCAAGCGCGCGCUGGACCCGUCCGCAGCCGCUCCGAGCUCCGCCGCCGUGCCCGACGCCUCUGCGCCGCACGUUAACGGCUUCGUGAACGGCAGCCGCACUGGCCACGACGACCUGAAGCUGCAGAGCGAGUCCGUACAGUUCCUGGCCUCGUACCAGGACGACGAGCAGCGCCAGCAGCAGGACGUCGAGUUCACGGCGCAGCGCAUCGGCUUCCCCAUCAGCGAGGCGGAGCUCAAGGAGCGCGCCGAGUACGAGAACCUGCACGAGCACCGCGAGGUGGACGGCAUCCGCGAGGAGACCAGAGCCGAGGCGGAGGCCAAGGCCGAGCGGAUCAUGGCCGUACUGCGCCACUCCAUGUCGGAGCUCGAGAUCGGCAAGGUCAUCCACCGCAUCGCACAGUACGCGACGCUUCCGCGCGUCACGGGCCUGUCCCGCAAGCAGUUCCUGCGCUCUCUGGAGACGCGCUUCGGCGAAAACAACAAGAAGGAGUUCGGCUACAUGCUCGCGUUCCUGCAGGGCCGCGACGAGGUCAUCGAGCAGCUCGAGAUCGACUCGAGGCAGGGCGGCGCCGAGGCUGACAGCAUUGAUGUACCACUGGGUGAGCCAGACGCGCAGGUUGCAGAGACCUCGGAUGACUUUGUGGUGCCCAAGAUCAUGGGCCUGCACCCGGACCUGGUGGCGGACCCGCAGUUCGUCAGCAUUGUGUUCUGCUACUGCCGCCUGGCGUGUCUGAACUCGCUCAAGCUCAUGCAGCGGCCGGCGGCAGGACUCAACCGUGGAUCCAAGUCGAGCUUGUGGCAGGUCAAGGCGGACUUCCGCAAGGUGCUGGACAUGGAGGGGUACUCGCACUACGCCGACAUGCUCGGACUGGAGAAGCCAGCUAAGGAUGAGGACGACGAAGACAUGGACGCGGUGGACGCGGAGUGGGAAGAGUUCAACUUGGAGAACGACCGCAUUGAUUUCCGCAUGCUGCUAUCGCAGACGCAGGGUAUCGUUGACUUUAUGAAGACGGAGCUCUCGAACGAGACGAUCUCCAAGAUGCUCGUGGCGAUGCUGGCGUCCGUGAAGACGUCCAAGCUGCACCGCAAGAUCUUCCAGGAGAUGGUGUGCAACAUCCAGACGGCGUUCCCGGAGACAUACCACGAGCAGCUACUGUCGGAGCUUGUGCCGUUCCUGUCGGGAGACAACGCCACGUACGAGGAUUUCGACUCGGAAGUGGCUACGACUGCGCUGCAGCACCACCAGAUGCGUAACGAGGCUAUCAUCCGUGCUCUGUUGGAGACGCGCAUGCGGGUCGGUCACAUUCUUAUCAAUGACAUCGAUGAAACGGAGCUUGAUCAGUCCAUUUCGAAGAAGCUGACGCCGGAGCAGCACGAGAAGGUGAUCACGACGGCUUGGAACAUCGUGUCGGUGCUGGACGACCGCAAGUACCACAUGUUCUUCACGCGUUUCCUCAAGUACAAGCUCGCGUGGCGACCGAACCGCGCCACAUUCGGCGACACCUUCCUGUCGGACGUGCGCAAGACUCUUGGUCCUCGCGACGCUGAGACCAUCAUGCCCAUGUUCGAGGAAGUGUUCCAGCAGCUGUCGGUCGAGACGCUUACUAUUUGUCGUGUGAAGCUGCGCCACUCCCGAAAGAUGCUGCGCGGACGCGGCGCGUUGGAGCCGCUCAACGACGCGGGUCGUGAGCGUCUUGAAACCGUUUGGCAGCCCUCUCGCUGCGCAUUCUUCCGUAAUUUGCCUCAUGGUGUAACCCCGAAGCACUUGGAGAAGGCACUGGCACACAUUGGAGGCGUCAAGCGCUUCAUCCUGUUCGCCAACCCUCUGAAUGGCCCGCCCGACUCGCUCGAUGAGAAUUCUGAUGACGAAGAUGACGAUGACGACGAAGAGGAUGAAGACGAGGAGGGUGGAGAGGGCGACGGUGAAGACAAGCCCAAGAAGAAGAAGAAGAAGAAAAAGGCGAAGGCAAAAUCAAAACUGUCGAAGGCCAAGGCCAAGGACAUGACAAUGUUCCGGAAGCCGAAGAAGAAAGACACCAUCAUUGCUAGCGACAAGAAGACGCCGUACCAGGCCGUAGUGGAGUUCGACUCUGAGGGCGCGUGCCGUAAGGCGAACAUGCGCGCGCUGCAGAUCUUCGGUGUGAUGAUGAUGGGCUACAAGGAGUACCGACCUGUGUUCCCGACUCCGGCAGACGACCGCGCGGGUCUCACGCUCAUGAACGUUCCUUACGGCACCAAGGUCGGAGACCUUGUCGACGAGGUGAACCAGGUCCUGGCAGAGGCCGGUCUUACCAUGAAGGUCUCUGGCCUGGUGCCUCGCGGUGUUAUGCUGACUAACGGUCGCUUGGACCUGCGCUUCCCGUCCUUCGUGGAGGCCGCGCAAGUCGCGGAGCUGCUGCACGACUACGUGUACCCCAUGAAGUGCCGUCGGCCACUUUCGAAGCGCGACGAGGAACGUUUUGCCGACUUCGUGAAGUAUCAAAACACGCUCAAGUCGGAGGCUGGGAAGGAGCAGGAGAAGAAGGAGCAGGAGGAGGAGAGCGAAGAGCCCGUAGCACAGGAGGACGAGGCUGCUGAUCAGAAUGAGGAAGAGACGAUAGUCUUUGGCGUCCCCGAUGAAGAGGAUGAGGAAGAAGAUGAUGAUAUCGAUGAUGAAGACGAAGAUGCUGACGAAGAGGACGAGGUGUACGUGAAGAAGACCAGCAAGGACGUACAUGUGGUGACAGAAGCCCUCGAGGAGUAUUUCAAGGCGUGGCGCGAAUCCGAAGAAAACCUGACAGAAGAGCAGAAGGCGCUCGGAGAGAAGCUUCGUCCGUUUGACGUCACGUGGACCCCGCUGCCCAAGCCCAGGAACAAGCACAUGUACCUUUAGACUUGCCAGCCCAGCCCAGCGGAUAGACAGACAAACCACUACAGUGAUAGCAGGCCUUUAGUUAGCAUUUCACAUUGUGAAUAGAUACUUAGACACAC